UGUAACAGAACAAGUCAAUCCAAUUCCAGUUCAUUAUCUGGAAACGCAACUUGAUCGAUCACUACAACAAGAGGCAAGAGCGAUGGAGCAAUUCCUGAACGCGAAGAUCGUCCGCCUGAAGAGCAGCCACGACAAAUACCUCACCGCCGACGAAGACGAGGAGUCCGUCAUCCAAGGCCGCGACGGAUCCUCCAAAGCCUCCAAGUGGACCGUCGAGUUCGUCGAGAAUUCCGACGGAAUCAUCCGCCUCAAGAGCUGCUACGGCAAGUACCUCACCGCCUCCAAUCAGCCCUUCCUCCUCGGCAUGACGGGCCGGAAGGUGCUGCAGACGCGCCCCGCCCGCCUCGACAGCUCCGUCGAGUGGGACCCCGUGCGGGAUAAGGGCGCCGCCGUCAAGCUCAAGACGCGCUACGGCCACUUCAUGAGGGCCAACGGCGGCCUCCCGCCCUGGAGGAACUCCGUCACUCAUGACAUCCCCCACAGGACCGCCACCAAGGAGUGGAUCCUCUGGGAGGUUCAUGUCGUCGAUAUCGUCGUCGCCAACUCGCCCCCGCCGCCGCUUGUGGUGGAGGACAAGGAUUCUUACUCGCCGCCUGCCAGUUUCUCUUCCAGGCCGGCUAGCUUUUCCUUUUCCAGACAGCAGUCGCGUGAUACUGAGCAUAGCUCGCCUCCGAAGGGCAAUGACGGAAGGCUAAUAUACUUCCACAUUGCUGAUGAAAACGGGAGAGUAGACGAAGGUUUUGAAGAGCUCAGCAUUACGUUCAAGGGCACUGGAGUGGAUGAAUUAACCCAGAGGAUGGAAGAGGAGCUUGGAAUCGAGCGUAUUAGUAUAUGUGCAAAAAGCCCCUUGAAUGGGGACCUUUUCCCUCUUCGUUUGCAGCUUCCCCCCAACAACGCGACUAUGCACGUCGUUGUGGUUCCACAAUCAUCAUAAGUCUUUGGUGAUGUUGGAGCAAUUGGAAAUUGUUCGCUGAUUUCUGCAAGCGCUGCGUGUUUCUGUACAUCCUACCUCAGCCUUCUUUCUCCACAUGCUUGCAAAGAAAACUCAGAUGCAGAAGGCAUUAUCUCUAUACAUAUAUAUGUGCAAGAAGUAUCAUGUGUCUGAUUAGCAGCUUAUAGUUUGCUCUUAUUCUUUAUUCUUUGGCCCCUUUUUUGGAAUGAUUUUGUAGAGAAUCAGUGUAUUAUGGUCUGAACCAGUGAAAUUAUGGCUAGUGAAUAUAAUCAAAUAAACAUGGUGUGGGAUUGAUUGUUUA